GUCAGCUGUCGCCCCAACUGGGGGGCCUCGGGCGGGACUGGCAGGAGGGGUGGCAGCUGCGGCAUUCAGCCGGCCUCUCUCUCUCUCUCUCUCUCUCUGUGUCUCUCUCGUGGAGCCGCCAAGCGAGGCGGGCGCAGCACCCGAGAAAGCCGCCUCUCGCGGGCUCCUUUGCGGCGGCAGAAAGGGGCAAGGACCGGGGGGAGAGUAGUCCAGAGCCCCCCCAAGCCCCCCCCGGAGACCCCUUCCACCCGGGCAAGGCGUGUCCUUCCUUCCCUGGCAUCGAGGCGGCUCUCCUCUUCCCAACCUUUAUGCUCACAACGACCCUGUAAGAUUUUCCUCCGAGAAGGCCCUCCUCUGCCGCCAUGAGUCGCCGGGUGGUGCGCCAGAGCAAGUUCCGGCACGUCUUUGGGCAGCCGGUCAAGGCGGACCAGAUGUACGAGGACAUCCGGGUCUCCAAGGUCACCUGGGACAGCGGCUUCUGCGCCGUCAACCCCAAGUUCGUGGCCAUCAUCGUGGAGUCCGGCGGAGGCGGCGCCUUCAUGGUCCUCCCGCUCCACAAGACUGGCCGCGUGGACAAGAACAUCCCUUUGGUCACGGGCCACACGGCUCCGGUGCUGGACAUCGACUGGUGCCCCCACAACGACAACGUCAUUGCCAGCGCCUCCGAGGACACCACCGUCAUGGUCUGGCAAAUCCCGGAUUACAUCCCGACCCGCAACAUGACGGAGCCGGUGGUCACCCUGGAAGGACAUUCCAAGCGGGUCGGGAUUCUCACCUGGCACCCCACGGCACGCAACAUCCUCCUCAGCGCAGGGGGUGACAACGUGCUCAUCUUGUGGAACGUGGGCACGGGCGAAGCCCUCUUGACCCUCGACGACCUCCACUCCGACCUCAUCUAUAACGUCUGCUGGAACUCUAACGGGAGCCUCUUGGUCACCACUUGCAAGGACAAACGCCUGAGGAUCAUUGACCCCCGGAAGCGCCUCGUGGUUGCGGAGAAAUCCCGUCCGCACGAAGGGUCCCGCCCGGUCCGCGCCAUCUUCCUGGCCGACGGCAAAGUCUUCACCACCGGCUUCAGCAAGAUGAGCGAGCGGCAACUGGCCCUUUGGGACUUGAAAAAUUUCGAGGAGCCCAUCGCCCUCCAGGAAAUGGACACCAGCAACGGGGUCCUGCUCCCGUUCUAUGACCCCGAUUCCAGCAUCGUCUACCUGUGCGGCAAGGGAGACAGCAGCAUCCGUUACUUUGAAAUCACGGACGAAGCCCCUUAUGUCCACUAUUUGAGCACUUAUAGCAGCAAGGAACCCCAACGCGGCAUGGGAUAUAUGCCCAAGAGAGGGCUGGACGUCAGCAAAUGCGAAAUCGCCAGGUUCUACAAGUUGCACGAACGCAAGUGCGAGCCCAUCACAAUGACGGUGCCACGAAAGUCCGACCUCUUCCAGGACGAUCUUUAUCCUGACACGCCGGGUCCGGAGCCGGCUUUGGAGGCAGACGAGUGGCUCUCUGGGAAAGACGCCGAGCCCGUCCUGAUCUCGUUGCGGGACGGAUACGUCCCCGUCAAGAACCGGGAGCUGAAGGUCACCAAGAAGAACAUCCUGGACAGCAGACCCCCCAUUGGACCCCGGCGAAGCCAGUCCACCUGCGACACCAACUUCUCGCGCUCCGCAUUCGAGGAUCUCCUGGAGGAGAUCAAGUCCCUGCGACAGACUGUCCAAGCCCACGAAAAACGCAUUUCCGACCUGGAAAACAAACUCUGCCAGUUCACCAAUGGGACGGAUUAACCCGUCCUUUCCCCGCGUCCCUCCCGUGGCCGCCACGGAUGCGCUCCUCCCCUCCGGAGCCCCAGAUUCGGAUCUUACCGGCACCUCUUUUCCUUCUUCCAUUUCUGCUUGUUAACGUCUCCAUGGUUCGGCGGAUUUGGGGAGAAGCCAUGCUUCGGGCGUCCCUCUACUUCUUUCCUUCCCCAAAUCCGAGGGAAAGCGGUGGAUUCACCGAUUGUUUUUGUGUGUGGAUUGUUUGGCAUGUUUGCAGUUGGCAAAGUCAUGUCAUCUUUGGAAAAAGCAAUAUGUUCUCUUUCGGGUGGGAGGAACUCCAACUCCUACAAUGGGGAGUUGGUGUGUUUUGGGAGUCAUUUCUGGAAAGAGGGGGCUUUGUUGUUAACGUGGCAUUGUUUGACCCUGCAGGCGGGGGAAACACGGGUUGGUGGAGAGUAUUAUGGGACGGAUCUAGCAGCAUUCUCCCCUUUGGUUGGGAAGCGAGUGGUGAAAAGACAUGGGGUAGUAUGGGAUGGCUCUCACCAAGC